CUCAUAAUGCAAUUUGCAAGUUAUGUUUCCCCUCAGAGGUUUCCCCUGAAAUACACUCUAAACUUUGUAUAUCCCGGGGGGACAUCAUGAGCGAGAAAACAUAUUCGUCAAUCAAAACCAUAUAAAUAGUGAUAUGACCAAAAGAAAUCGCAAAACCAUGGCGGAUUCGCAGAGAAAAUUUGAUGCUGCUGUUCACGUUAUUCGAUCAUUGCCAAAAUCUGGUUAGUUUGUUUGAAACUAUGAAUAAAUAUUGUAUUAUUACGCCAGGAAAUUUAUGUCAAUUUAAUAUAAUCGUUUUGUAUUGUAGGUUCUUUCCAACCGUCUCAUGGAAUGAUGUUAAAAGUAAGACGUGUUUUGGCAUUUUAGAAUAAGAUAUUAUAUAAAUACUACAUUCUUUCAUCUGAAUGUAGAAUGUAAAGCCAUUAAAAAUUAUCUUCAAGUUUAUAAAGUUAUGCAAAUUGCAUCUAAAAUGAUCGAUAUGUAGUGUAACAGUGUAACUCAGUAUUAACUGUGACUGAACUUUGUUCUUAAUAAAUUAUUCAUCAGUUUAUAUUGAUGGACAUCUGACAGUGCCGCCUGUGUGAACUUUGAUAACUGACAAACAGACGGAUUCAUGUUGCAGAUUAUCUCCUGCUGGACAAUGUUUUGAACAAUAUACUAAAUUUCCACUCACCUUAGUACUAGUAGGACUUGUACUUUGAAUUAAAGUUAGAUUUUUAUAAAAUAAACCAGUUGCCCAUGAAACAAUGCAGAAGUGGAAUACUUUACAAAAUAUUAUGCAUAAUUAUUGCCUCGUUAGUGACCGGUCAUUAAUAAUGGGAGGGGGAGGGGGGCGGUGGCUGAGAAAAGGGGGCUUCAACUAUUUUUGCCUGAAUUGAAUUUGCCUGAAUUGAAAAAUAUGUGACAAGGGGCAUAUAAAGUCAUAUGUUACUUUGUCUGCUGCCAGACAGGCGGACACUUCAAGUCAUCAAGGAGAGAGCUCGCAAAUGUUAGAAUAAAAAGACUGACAAACGUUAAACAUCAUAAUGAAGUGUUAAUGGUGUAUAUUUUCCUUGUGUAAUCCAAAUUUCUUCCUACUGUGAACUUUUGUUAGACACAAAACGUUUGAUGUUCUAUCUCUCUGAAAAUAACAGAGUUCUGGUUCCGGUCAUGCUUUUUUUAUUAGUUCUGCCCGGAACAGUGAAAUGGAGUCGCAAAUUGUUUCCCUUUUGUUGUUCCGAUAUGCCAAACAUAUUUUCCUAUAUUAUAUACAACAUCGGCCUUCAUUUUGAUAAUUGCAAACUAAAAUGCCGGUUUAGACUAGAUACUGUUGGGCAAGAUAUAUCUGCAUAUAACAUAAACAGCAAAUAAACAGAUCAUUUUUCAAGAUGAGAUAUUUGCACAUUUAGUUCAUCUACAUACAGUAGACAGAAUUGUAUGUAUAUUGGUUUUAAAAGAUGUCCAACUGUCUGUUCAUAUAAGCAUGCACCUUUAGAAGUACUAUCAGGAAAAACCCGAUGUCUUUAAAUUAAUUUACAUGUAAUUUGCAGAUUUUUGAAGCAAUUACUAGAUAUUAUUAUUAGUUUUAGCCGGGAUGACAGCCAAUGUAAUGUAAAUCACACAAUUCUGUUUUUAACUUCUCUGGAUAUGUUACCCUGGGUUUAUUUCCAUGAAAAUACACGAUUCUAUUUACGAUUUUAUCAAAACAAAACACUUUUAUUCAUCAAAUAUGGAAGAACCAUGCUCUCUUAACAGUUUUCUCUCGUAUGGCCUUAUGGGCCACAUUUGGCACCGGUGCCCUAAUUAUUAUCCGGAUUACAGAUCCUACUAGUGGAAAUUACCGAUUAUUCAUGCCACAAUCUAUCUGAUACCGAUGCUGAUUUUAUGAUGACUUCAUAAUACUGUAUAUAUCAGUCGACCAAGUAAAGGUGACGUCAUUCAUGUCGAUUUUUUAACGAUAAUUUCCCUGUGCAUUAAUUUAACAUACUGUAUUGCAUUAAAACACAACAUGUAUCAAUGUGCAAUGCUUAUAAUUUUUAAAGUGUGUAUUUUCUCAACAAUCGGUUUUAAACAAUUGGAAAUAAAGAUAAUUCUACCAAUUCUGAUUGUCUACCGGUAAGACAAAAAUCGGCCCGAUGAUACCGAUUAUCAGUCAAUCACUAAAAUGUAAUCAAUAUUCACUUGUAGAAAUAUACCAUGCAAAUUGUUUCUAAAAACCUUUCUGUGUAAUGAACUCACAUUCCUUGUGCCAUGUUGGCAGAUAUGAACAUUUCCAUAUAAUUAAUGUAAUAUUAAUUUUCCUGCAUAAAUUAUUUUCCCCAAACCUGGUUGGGGUGCGGGUUGGCGGCAAACUUUGCUUCAUUGUUGCGCAGUCUCUUACAUUGUUUGAGACUGUGCGCAGGCUAGUUUGUCAGAUGAUAUAUGCUUCUUGACCAAUGUACGGUACUAUUUCUUUGUGUACAUGUUGUUACUUUUUCCAAAAGAAACGUUUUGGAGUUGAUGUGUAACCUUAUAAAUACAGUACUGUACAUAUUAAUUGAAAUCUCAGUAUGUCUAAUAAGUCAGACAAUUUCUCGAUCAUCAAGAGGAAGGUGUUCAACAUUAAAAAUUUAAUCGGUUAAGAACUGUUUUGCCUGCUUUAGACUAUAGUGAUCUCAUUCUUUUUUCUCCCUUUUUUGUAUAAUAUUUUGUCUAAUUUCAUUUAUUAUUAGUUUUAUGGUUAUUACAAACAAGCAAAAGAAGGACCUUGCAAUGAAGUUAAACCUUCCUUUUGGGAUGUAGUUAAUAAAGCAAAGUGGUCAGUAUUGUUUGUACAGAGGUUUUAAUAGCUGAAUAAUGUAUUUCUGAUUGCAUAUGCCCUGUUCAUUAUCUAGGGAGGCUUGGUCAAAACUUGGUGACACUAGUAAGGAAGAAGCAAUGGAAAGUUAUGUCUAUGAACUUAAAGAGGU